UGUGUUGUUGAAAUGACACGUCGGCAGGGCUGCUGCGCUUGAUACCACUGAACAUCCACACUGCAGUCCACACACACGAGUGGCAGGGUUUGGCAGCUGAUGAGACCCAGUCAAGUCCAAAUUGACUUUGGAUCGCUACCCGAGACUCCUCUGCGCUCCCCGUCCUCUGAAUUUGAGGAAAUUUCUUACCCGACUCCUCCUCUGCACACCAUCAUCCCAGCCACCGCCCGCACAGACGACUCGCUACCGCUCCACUACAUGCAGUCGGCAGAGGACACAUCGACCAGGCGAAGAGUUGCAAAGGGGCCCGGCAGCAGCGGCGGGUUCAUGAGUGGCAGCGGCUAUGAUACCGACGCACUCCUGCAGUACAACGACCACGACCACAAGGACGGUCAUUCCAAGCUCAGACCCCCCAUCGGAGGCCGUGUGUCCAGUGGUCGUCUUCACAAGCCAUACCCUACCCCUCCUACCUCCAUAAGCGAUUUCAUCCACCAAAACCUCGAACACCUCCCGCCCGCCAUCUACACUCUUCUUUCCUGCUGGACACGCUUCCACAAAAUCGGUCUCGCCGACAUCGUCGUGUGGGACGAAGCCCACUUUGGAAAAUUUGGCUCCCAUUAUCUCAAACGCGAAUUCUACUUCGAUGUACACCCCCCAUUGGGCAAGAUGCUUGUCGCCCUGGCUGGGCUAUUGUCUGGCUACGAUGGCAACUUUGAAUUCAAAAGUGGAGAAAAAUACCCCGCUGCUGUUCCAUAUGUUGCCAUGCGUGUCAUGAUGGCCACCUUCGGCGUUGCCCUCGUCCCUUUGGGAUGGUAUACUGCAGUCGAACUGGGCUUGAGUCCGUGGGCGUGUCACUUGGUCGCCCUCAUGAUCUUGUGUGACGUGGCUUGGUUGUGUAUAUCGCGUUUCAUUCUUUUGGAUUCCAUGUUGUUAUUCUUCACUUUCACGACCGUCUUUUUCCUCACCAAAUUCCACAACCAACAAUAUCAUUCGUUCUCAUUCGACUGGUGGUUAUGGCUUGGCCUGACGGGCAUCUCCAUUGGCUGUGUAACGAGUGUGAAAUGGGUGGGGCUAUUUGUUACUGCCGUCGUCGGUAUUUACACGAUCGAGGACCUAUGGGACAAAUUCGGUGACCUCCGCAUGUCAACGCGGAAUCAACUACGACACUGGAGCGCGCGAAUUUUGUGUUUGAUUAUUCUCCCCAUUCUGGUGUACAUGGCUUCUUUCAAACUCCAUUUUCUCAUACUGAACCAUACGGGUCCCGGCGACGCCCAAAUGAGCUCACUGUUCCAAGCCCAUUUGGUCGGGAAUGACUUUUGGAAAAAUCCCCUCGAGGUCGCCUAUGGCUCCAAAAUCACGCUAAAAAAUAUGGGCUGGGGAGGUGGCUUACUCCACUCGCACGUCCAAACCUACCCCUCCGGAUCCAAUCAACAGCAAGUGACAUGCUACCAUUACAAAGACGACAACAAUCAUUGGCUGGUCUUACCUCGCUGGAACGAACCAGCAUACAACCCAAACAACGAACUGAGAUUCGUCAAAGACGGAGACGUGGUUCGGUUGCAACAUCCCCCCACCACUCGAAAUCUUCAUUCCCAUCCUAUACCUGCCCCUAUCGCGAAAUCGAAUUAUGAGGUAUCAUGUUACGGUAACUCGACUGUGGGCGAUGUCCAAGAUCACUGGGUCAUCGAAAUAGUCGACGACAUCCGUCAAGGCAAAAAAGACAACGUGAACCGUAUCCGUUCGCUCACGACCAGGAUAAGGUUGAGGCAUGACAUAUUGGGGUGUUAUCUGUCGGCUGCGAAUAAGGUCUUACCCCAGUGGGGCUUUAAACAGAUCGAGGUGAGCUGCGUGAAGGAAAGUGAUCCCGACGAUAUACAUACGUACUGGAAUGUGGAAAGUCACUGGAAUGAUCGACUACCUCCUGGCGACGUCAAACACUACAAGUCUCCCUUCCUCCGCGACUUUUGGCACCUCAACGUAGCAAUGAUGACCUCCAACAACGCUCUCAUCCCCGACCCGGAUAAAGAUGACAUUCUAGCAUCUCACCCGACCGAUUGGCCCUGGCUCCGCCUCGGUCUGCGUAUGUGUGGGUGGGGUGACCAUCAGCCAAAGUAUUAUUUAUUGGGCACGCCCCUGGUAUGGUGGGGCGGAGCGCUGAGUUUGAUGGUCUUUGUCAUGUUAUUGGGAACUUAUUUAGUAAGGUGGCAGAGGAGAUAUGUGGACAUGGAUGCAACUGGUUGGGCGCAUUUCUUAUAUGUGGGGAAGGUUGCGUUUUAUGGGUGGUUCUUGCAUUACGCCCCGUUCUUUAUCAUGGGUCGGGUGACUUAUCUACACCACUACCUCCCAACCCUUUAUUUCUCUGUCCUCAUGUUCGGCCAUGUCAUUGACCACUGCGUGUUUUCUGCACGAUGGAAAGAGAAAACGAAACGUGUCGUGUUCGGUGUGGCCACAUUCGCGAUUGUGGCCAAUUUUUGGUGGUUUAGAGGCAUGGCGUGGGGGAUUGAGGGACCUGUCAAUGAGUAUUGGGGAUUACAGUGGCGGAAGAGCUGGAAUAUUUACAAUGCAUGAGUUAUCUGUCGCGCGAAUUCAUCAGACGAUUUAUUCUUUAGUUGCUGUUGGUUUGGAUAUUGGAUGUCAGACCGCGCCGGAGCUGAUUGGAUCGUGUCGUGCUGUGUACCAUUUUCUAUCCCUUGCUUCGCAAGGCUAGACUCGCUCGUCCGAUUUCUUUAUCCAAUAACACAGUUCACAUACGAUUUGCGCUACUAUUCAUUGCUAAGCCUAUGUCAGAGGGG